UCAGUCAUCAGUCUUAACCUACAUAAUACUUUCAAUUUCAUUACACUCUCUCGUUUUUUUAUUUAUCCAAGCCCACUGAAUACUUCUCUCAUUUCGACUGCUAAUCAUAACAUGUCAAUCUGCAUGUUAGCGCUUCUAAUACUUUCAGUUCUCGUGAGCACCCAAGCUCCACAGGCAACUGCUGAUUUCUACAAAGACGCGGAAAUCACUUGGGGUGAUCAGCGCGCCAAGAUACUCAAUGCUGGUCGAGACCUUACUUUGUCUCUCGACCAAGCUUCUGGCUCAGGUUUUCAGUCUAAGAAUGAGUACUUGUUUGGAAGAUUCGAUAUGCAACUCAAGCUUGUCCCUGGAAACUCUGCUGGCACUGUCACUACCUUUUAUCUAUCUUCUCAAGGAGCUGGACAUGAUGAGAUUGAUUUUGAGUUUCUGGGAAACUCAUCAGGGAGUCCAUACACAAUUCACACGAAUGUAUUUGCACAAGGCAAAGGGAACAAAGAACAGCAAUUCCAGCUCUGGUUCGAUCCCACUUCUUCCUUCCACACCUACUCCAUUGUCUGGAAUCCCCAAAGAAUCAUUUUCUUGGUGGAUAACAACCCGAUCAGAGUAUUCAACAAUCAGGAAUCAAUAGGAGUGCCAUUCCCAAAGAGUCAGCACAUGAGAGUCUAUGCCAGCUUAUGGAAUGCUGAUGACUGGGCAACUCAAGGUGGACGUGUCAAGACCGACUGGACUAAAGCUCCAUUCACAGCUUACUACAGGAACUUCAACAUAAAAGGGUGUCCCAAGUCAUCUUCCGGAUCAUCAUCUUGUGGAUCAUCCACCUCUUCAAACACCAACGAGGGAUGGCGAACACACCAGUUGGAUGCAGCUGGCCGAAACAGACUCCGAUGGGUGCAGUCAAAGCAUAUGGUGUACAACUACUGCUCUGACAAACAGAGGUUUGCUAAUGCUGUCCCUGCUGAAUGCAAGCGCUCAAGGUUCCUCUAGACGACACUCAACCAUGAUUUUGAUGACUGAUUUUGUCAGCAGCUUAUUGUGAUUCCAACAAAUAAAUAUAUUCUUUAUUCUUUGUAAUUGAAUUUCUGUUUUUCUAAUUCAAAUGUUAAAUAAAUCCAGUCACUUAAUUCAUCAAAGAUCAGCCAAUAAAAAAAAGUUUAUUUUAAUUUA